UUCACGUACAAAAGAGACACAUCUGUAUGUCAAUAAAAAGUUUCAUACUCAAAAUUCUCAGUGCCAUGUUCACAAUAACCUGCUCAUUCUUCUGAAAUGUCCAAUGGUUAUCAGCAUACUAAUUAUUAUGAAGAUAAUUAUGCUGGUAAUCGCAAUCAAAACUCGCAUCAUCCCAAGCAUACAUCCCAUCAACAACAUUACUAUAAUAACAAGAAUCCCCAAUACUCAGAUUCUCCAAGAUCAUCUCAAAUGAGGGAAACUAAUCACAGUACCACAAAAUACCAACCAGAUCAUCAAAACUCACCUUAUUACAAUCUACAAAAUCAUUAUAAAUAUGGAUACGAUCAGAGGGUUUAUCAGAUGCCGGAUAAUUAUCACCGAUAUCCACCCUAUUCGCCAUAUCAACGAGUAGAUCCAACCUUAGAUCAAUCAAUGGUGCAUCAAAAGGGUGAAAACAAAACUCAAAAUUCACCUUAUCAAAACGUAACGCCUUAUACACCGCCAUACCAGCUGGCAGUAUCGUCUAAACGCCGUAUAAAGAAGACUGUAAGUUUCUCACCUUGCACUAAAGCGGGUCCAGGUUCUUGGGUGCCUUGGAAGAGGAAAUAA